UAGUAAAAGAAGACAGGAAAAAGGUGAUUCGCGAAUCUCUUCCGUUUUGGAUGGAGGGUAAAGGAGAAAAAGCAAGGGUUUAAGAGUGGCGCCUUUUAGAAUAAAGAAUGUGAAAAUGUUGCGGCGCGUUCACCUUAUCAAUAUCAUAAUCAUGCAGUAGAUUGAGUAUAGAUCAAUCAAUCCAGAGAGAAAAGAUCCAUCUUCUUCUGCUUCGGUUCAAACCUAAUCUCAGUUAACAAUGGUUGCCGAAGGCUUUUGUCUGAACCAAAACGGUGAAGAAUUGGAAGCUCCUCCUUUCAUUUUGGGUCUUCAACCAUCUGCACUCGUUGACAACGUGGCUCACGUUGAUUGGUCCUUGCUUGAUCGAAUCCCCGGCGAACCCGGUGGCUCCAUUCCCGUUGCAAUUGAAGAGCUUGAAAAUAUACUGAAGGAAGUUAAAUCCAAAUCUAAUUCGGCUGAUUCUUCUGUCAUGAAAACUCUGGCUGGUGGCAGUGUUGCUAAUACAAUUCGUGGUCUUAGUAGUGGUUUUGGAAUUUCCAGUGGAAUUAUUGGGGCUUGUGGUGAUGAUGAACAAGGUCAAUUAUUUGUUAAUAACAUGUCCUCUAAUGGUGUUGAUCUUUCCAGACUCCGUAAGAAGAAAGGACACACUGCACAGUGUGUUUGCUUGGUAGACGAGUUGGGUAACAGAACAAUGCGGCCCUGUCUCUCGAAUGCUGUCAAAGUUCAGGCUCAAGAAUUGAUGACAGAGGAUUUCAAAGGCUCCAAGUGGUUGGUGUUGAGAUAUGCAAUACUCAAUUUGGAAGUUAUUCAAGCAGCCAUUGCUUUAGCCAAGCAGGAAGGCCUCCUUGUUUCCUUGGACUUGGCCAGUUUUGAGAUGGUCAGGAACUUUAAACAACCACUUCUAAAUUUGCUGGAAUCUGGAAACGUAGACCUCUGCUUUGCCAAUGAGGAUGAGGCAACUGAACUUUUAAGGGGCGAACAGAAUGCUGAUCCUAUAGCUGCUGUAGAGUUUCUUGCCAAAUACUGUCAAUGGGCUGUGGUAACAUUGGGCUCUAAUGGAUGCAUUGCUAGACAUGGGAAGGAGAUGAUACGUGUCUCGGCUAUAGGGGAAUCAAAGGCAACUGAUGCUACAGGAGCUGGAGAUCUUUUUGCAAGUGGAUUUUUGUACGGAGUGGUUAAGGGUUUGUCACUAGAAGAAUGCUGCAAAGUAGGCACAUGCAGUGGUGGGUCUGUCAUCCGCUGUCUUGGGGGUGAGGUGACGUCUGAGAAUUGGCAAUGGAUGUACAAGCAGAUGCAAGUAAAGGAUCUUCCCACACCUGAUGGCAUAUGCAAAUGAUUAUUGCCAACAUUGUUUCCUAUUUCUUCCUAUUUGUGCUGUUGUUUGUUUUUUCCUUUCUAAUUAUAGUUUUAUUAUUCAUAUCUUACUAUCAAUUGGAACGACCACCAUAAUAACAAUACAAUUUGUGGCUGGUUUGACUAAUGUACUUCAGCUUAAGGCGAUUAUGCACCGUCAUCCCUCGUUUAAUGUUAACCACAGAAUGAGCGUUACUUCAA